AUGUACAUCCGCCCAGCUCAUGCCGAGCUCGACGUCCCGACGCUCCAGCAGUUUGUGCGCUCCUACCCUCUUGGCAUGUUCACCACGGCAAUCAAACAUCCUAGCAUUGCCACCUUGCAAACAACACACAUCCCUUUUGUCAUCGACACGCCUGACGAUGGUACACCUGGCGUUCUCCGUGCACACAUGGCUCGCGCCAACCCUCAGGCCAAGGUCUUGAUCGAAGCGGCCAAGGAGAACCCCGUCAUGGAGGACGAGGUGCUCGUGUUGUUCAACGCACCUGUGCACUCGUACGUCACGCCCAAAUUCUACACCGAGACCAAGCCUCAGAACGGCAAGGUGGUUCCGACCUGGGACUACGCGGCCGUUCAGGUCUACGGCAAGCUCCGUGUGUAUUCGACGGGCGACGAGACGACCGCUUUCCUGGGAAAGCAGGUCAACGACCUCACCGACCAGAAUGAACGCGCAGCAGGCCACGUCGAGAACCCUUGGAAGGUGUCGGAUGCGCCAACAAAGUACACCGACCUGCUUAAGAAGGCGAUCGUCGGCCUCGAAAUCACGAUUGACCGCAUCGAGGGCCGAUUCAAGCUUAGCCAGGAGCUGAGCGACGGUGACUACAGCGGUGUCGUUAACGGAUUCCGUGGUCUUGGCACACCCGAGGGUGAACAAAUGGCUCAAAUGGUCCAGAAGCGGGGCGAGGCGCGCAACAUCAAGCUGGCUGAGGACUGA